GGAGGCGCGAGCGACUCCGUGAGUGUGAGCCGGGGCACUGGGGCUGAAUGAGCUGCCUGCAUGGAGUCUGACAGCGGGUCCGGGCUACACACGGGACAUUCUGGCGAGCAGGUGCUCCAGUGUUUCUGGAAUGAGGGACUACAUCUGCACCAGUUGCUGUGAUACUGUUUUAAUGCCUUCAAAAGCAGCAAUAAAGAAUGAAUUUAAAUGAAGGACGGAAAGCAGGCACAAUCAGCUAUUUAUCGCACGUUCGGGGAGCCUUGUACAGACCAAGUCAUCUCAAUUAAAGAAGCUGACGACAGACAUGGUGACAUAGUGGCGUUUAUUAUGGAGGAGACCAGCUCUUUAAACAUCCUUUCUUUCUUUGAGUGUUUUCAUACACAGAACUAAAUCGAUGGUGUAAAUUAUUUGACUCGAUUUUGCCCCUUUGCUUAUUUGUUUAUUUGUUUGUUUUGGGAGGGGAGGGGGGGGUCAUCCCCACGAUGCUGGGUGGUGGUUGCGUGCGACGUCUCCUCCGCCAGCUCACUCUCCAGACCAUCUUUCUCCUCCUCUUCCUCCUGUGCACGCUCAGCGUCUUCAUUUCUGCCUACUUCCUGUAUGGCGUCAAAAGGGAGUUUGAGCCUUCUGCCGGAGUCGCACCAGAGGAUUGCGAUGAUGACAUCACGCCAUCCCGGCUGCUGCCGCUCCAGGAUGAAGCGGGAAGAGAGGCGGCAGCAGAUGGCAGCCAGACCGACCCGGUGGUUCUCGUGUUUGUUGAGAGUCAGUACUCACAGCUGGGUCAAGACAUCGUAGCUGUUCUGGAGUCAGCCCGAUUUCGAUACCACACAGAAAUCUCCCCGGGAAAGGGCGACAUGCCGACGCUGACGGAGCGUGACCGGGGCCGAUUCGCUCUCAUCAUCUAUGAGAACAUCCUGAAAUAUGUCAACAUGGAUGCUUGGAACAGGGAGCUGCUGGAUAAAUACUGUGUGGAGUAUGGUGUGGGGAUUAUCGGCUUCUUCAAGGCGAAUGAGAACAGUCUCCUGAGUGCCCAACUAAAAGGUUUCCCUCUGUUCCUGCACUCAAAUUUGGGUCUAAAGGACUGCACCGUCAACCCCAAAUCACCCCUCCUGCACAUCACUCGCGCACACGAGGUGGUCAGAGGUCCUCUCCCUGGUGAUAACUGGACCGUGUUCCAAUCUAACCACUCCACAUAUGAGCCAGUAUUGUUAGCAAAGACCCAGUCAGCGGAGAGCAUGGGCCUGCGUGCCAUCCUCCACACCUCCGUGGUUCAGGACCUCGGCCUCCACGAUGGCAUCCAGCGCGUGCUGUUUGGCCACGGCUUGGCCUUCUGGCUACACAAGCUGGUAUUUGUGGAUGCCGUGGCCUUCCUUACAUCGAAAAGGCUCUCACUGUCCCUGGACAGAUAUGUGCUGGUCGAUAUCGACGACAUCUUUGUCGGAAAAGAGGGCACCAGGAUGAAGGUGGCUGAUGUAGAGGCACUGGUACAGACGCAGAAUGAGCUGCGGAAGUCAAUCCCAAACUUCACCUUUAAUCUUGGCUUCUCAGGGAAAUUUUACCACGCAGGUACAGAUGAGGAGGAUCUGGGCGAUGACCUGUUGUUAUCGUAUGUUAAUGAGUUCUGGUGGUUUCCACACAUGUGGAGUCACAUGCAGCCUCACCGCUUUCAUAACCAGAGUGUGCUCGCGGAGCAGAUGCUCCUGAACAGACGCUUCGCUGAGGAACACUCUAUCCCCACGCACCUGGGUUACGCAGUGGCUCCUCAUCACUCUGGCGUCUACCCCAUUCACCUGCAGCUCUACGAGGCCUGGAAGAAAGUCUGGGGCAUCCGAGUGACCAGUACGGAGGAGUAUCCUCAUCUCAAACCUGCCCGUUACCGCCGUGGCUUCAUCCACAGUGGCAUCAGCGUGCUGCCGAGGCAGACUUGUGGUCUGUUCACUCACACGAUUUUUUAUAAAGAUUACCCAGGAGGCCCUCAGGAGCUGGACAAGCUUAUUGACGGAGGGGAACUCUUCCUAACUGUAUUACUCAACCCAAUUAGUAUCUUCAUGACUCAUCUUUCUAAUUAUGGAAAUGACCGUCUGGGGCUGUACACGUUUAAGAAGCUGCUGCGCUUUCUGCAGACCUGGACUCACCUGAGGCUGCAGACCCUGUCCCCUGUCCAGCUGGCUCACAGAUACUUCAGCCUCUUCCCCUCGGACAGAGAGCCGCUCUGGCAGAACCCUUGCGAGGAUAAGAGACACAAGGACAUCUGGUCAAAAGAGAAAACAUGUGAUCGCUUCCCAAAGCUGCUGGUGAUUGGGCCACAGAAGACAGGCACAACCGCUCUGUAUCUGUUCCUUGGAUUGCACCCUGACCUCAUCGGCAACUAUCCCAGCAAAGAGACAUUUGAGGAGAUCCAGUUCUUUAAUGGCCAUAACUACCACAGAGGAAUAGACUGGUACAUGGAGUAUUUUCCCCUCCCCUCCAACACCAGCUCAGAUUACUACUUUGAGAAAUGCGCUAACUACUUUGACUCUGAGUUAGCAGCACCCAGAGCAGCAGCUCUCCUACCUAAAGCUAAAAUCAUCACUGUGCUCAUCAGUCCUGCAGAAAGAGCCUAUGCCUGGUAUCAGCACCAGCGGGCACAUAGUGAUCCAGUGGCUAUGAAAUACUCUUUUCACAAUGUCAUCACUGCACCCCGUGAUGCUCCUGCAAAGCUGCGUGUCCUACAGAGCCGGUGUCUGGUGCCAGGAUUGUAUGCCAUUCACCUCGAGCGCUGGCUUACACACUACCACCAGAGUCAGAUUAUGGUUGUGGAUGGGCAGAUGCUUAAAACUGAACCAGCAUUAGUCAUGGAUAAAGUCCAGAAGUUUCUGGGACUAGCAGAUACCGUGAACUAUCACAAGAUCCUGGCGUUUGAUCCUAAAAAGGGUUUCUGGUGUCAGCUUUUGGACGGAGGAAAAACCAAGUGUCUGGGAAAAAGUAAAGGAAAGAGAUACUCAGAUAUGAAGCAAGAGUCCCAGCUGUUUUUAAGAGAGUACUACAGGGAUCAUAACAUCGAGCUGUCAAAGCUGCUAUACAAGAUGGGUCAGCCUUUACCCACUUGGCUUAAAGAUGAACUUCUUAACACUAGGUAGCUUUCAGCUAUGUUGGUUUCCCCCGUCUGAGAAUGAUACAGUUGAUCGGAAGUGGAAUGAACCUUCGAUAUUGUCAGUGAUGAGGAAGUCAUGUCCUAGUGGAUUUCCCCUGUUGCGUUUAUGACUUUAAGUGGUUUGUAAAAAAGAAUAUUUGUACUUCUGCUUACUAAAAACCCCCAUGGGGUUGUAUAUUAUGUCACUGUCUCAUCCGAAGAGGAAACGGUACGUCCUCCUACCACAUAAUAAAAAUGCGUCAUGCUGGAUACUGUAUUUAUCCCUGGCUUCUCUCACUUCUCCUCGAUAAGAGGAAGAUUAAAACACAUGAGAUGUGCUGAGAUAAGCCAUGUCAAGAGACCAGGAAAAUGAAAAUUGCACUGACCAUGAAGGUAUGGACGAACUGCUGUUUCUUCACCUCAGGACUUGUCUGUUUUGGGGCCCCAGGAACAAAUGUGUAUUUUAAAAGUGCCAGUAAUUAAAGGCUGCACUGGGGUUUUGUACAGUGUAUCUACCAUUAUGCUCUUUACUAUAUGAACUAAUUACAAAGCCCUUAUUCAGCAUGACCCUGGCACAGUGCCACAGCAGCCAUCAACACUAAACGACACGAACGUGUCCUAAUUAAAACGCAAAGUCUGGCAGGUA